CCUAGCGGUCAAAUUUAAAGCUCGCAUCAUUUUCCUUGCAAAGUGUGGAAAGCGCAUUCAAUUCUGUCCUGUCAUUCAACAACCGAAUAACUGAACAGGACUAAAAAUUCUAACCAUACCAUGGCUUCCGAAAGAUACAGUUUCUCUCUUACAACUUUCAGUCCUUCUGGCAAACUGGUACAAAUCGAGUAUGCCUUAGCUGCAGUAGCUGCCGGUGCUGCAUCGGUUGGUAUCAAAGCUGCUAAUGGUGUGGUUCUAGCCACUGAGAAGAAGCACCGAUCAAUCCUAUAUGAGGAACACAGUGUCCAUAAAAUUGAAAUGAUUACUCCCAAAAUUGGAAUGGUCUACAGUGGUAUGGGUCCUGAUUAUCGCCUGCUAGUUCGUCAAGCCAGGAAGAUGGCUCAGCAAUAUUGGGUAACCUAUCAAGAGCAGAUACCAACUGCACAACUUGUCCAACGUGUGGCCACAUUGAUGCAAGAAUACACACAGUCCGGAGGUGUCAGGCCAUUUGGUGUUUCACUCCUAAUGUGUGGCUGGGAUGAAGGCCGUCCAUACUUGUUUCAGUGUGAUCCAUCUGGAGCUUAUUUUGCCUGGAAAGCCACUGCUAUGGGCAAAAAUUAUAUCAACGGGAAAACGUUUUUAGAGAAACGAUACAACGAAGAUCUUGAGCUAGAUGAUGCUGUCCACACUGCAAUUCUUACCCUCAAAGAAGGUUUUGAAGGAGGUAUGACAGAAGAUAACGUCGAAAUUGGUAUUUGCGAUGAGCAGGGUUUCCGCCGGCUAUCUCCCGCUGAGGUUAAGGACUAUUUGGCAAACAUUGCUUGAACGGAUGGAAAAUUUCAUUGAUUGCAAACAUAUGUCGAAAAUAAAACUGAUGGUUGAUUAAAGAAAA